CCCAAAGCUACCCAGUUAUGGAGAAUGCGGAAAGUUGAAUGAGAACAUGGAGAGCAGCACUUAGUUCAACUUGGUUCAGAAGCUUUGUACUGAUACGAAGCACUACAAACUGGACAAAGAUUUCAGUGUUGAAUACACUCCUGAAGACGUCUUUGCCUCAGGCUAUGGUGAUGAUGUUUUCGAGUUUUACUUGAAAAAGAACGAAGGUGUUGAAUGCAAAAACGCCUGCACUCAAAUCUUUAAUGAUGGUUUUUCUAGCACAUCAUGCCAUUAUGGCUCUCACACUCGAGCUCGCUCCGGAAGUAUAAAACUGGAUUGUGGCGAGCAGGUUAUGAGAUCAGAAAUGCUAGGUCCAAAGCUUCCGGACCACAGUGUGCAGACAACGACUGGAGCCCGCUUCCAUCCAACGUCUGGAAUGGACCAGCUGGAAACUUUUAUAGCCGUUUCUGUCAGAACGUCACCCCUGACAAAAAGCUUGAGUUCACUAUCGACCCUUCCGGCAAGGCGAAGCCCAUCCGGUGGCUCAAGCGAUCGCCACCGCCGGAUCCAAGUCUGUACGAAGGCUACAGGGUCGACCUUCUUUGGGAGCCAAAUGGGGAUUCCAGCGCAAGUGAAUGUGAAUUGUCGUGCGAUGGGGUCAUGGAAUAUUUUGGCGCGUCAACUUGCGGACACAAAGGAAGUGGCAUGAGAAAAAUGUCAACCACGGCUAGCUACAAUGUUGGUUGCGGCAUGUACUCGUACAGGAUCCGCGAGAAGAAGCACCCUUGGACUCUCGGAGAGCAGAAAUUGUGACGGGACAAGAGCACGAACGAGGUCGAGUGCGACUUGGGCAAAAUGAUUGUUUACAAGGAGAGAAAGAGAUUCCUAAGGAAAGCUCUGACUUAAAGCUAUUUAUACAACAUUCAUAAAGUAAGACUAUUCAUAAAGUAUGAAAGUCACAU